AUGUCCACCAUCAACAGCGCCUUACAGGCCACAAGCAUAUCCGUCUCUCUCCUCACAGCUGGUGGUAUCGCGACCCUCUCCCUCUUCGAUGUCCCCAUCCUGAGGGCUCAGCCAGCGUCGCGCUCGCUGCCCUCGGUCCGCUGGCUGUUCAGCCGCGGAUCACACAUUUUCCCAACGGCGGCUAUCAUCUCCGCGGCUGGCUUUAGUGUCCUCGCAUACCGAUCACUGCCAGGCUCCCUGGCGUCACGCACGGUAUUGCAGCUGCUGCGUGAUACGAGAGUGAGGGGGUACCUUGCCGCGGCCGCUCUGAACAUUGCCAUCGCACCGUGGACCAGCUUGGUCAUGAUACCGAACAACUUUGAGCUCAUAAAGAUGAACAACGAGCUCGGUGGUCAUCGGAGCAUCGCAAGCUCGCAGGCGGCUGAGAAGGAGAAAGGCGACCUCAGACAACGGAGUGCUCGAGACUCUGUCGACGGGAAGGGUGAGGGGAUUGACCAGUUCAAGGAUAUCAGCGAUCCACAAGAACAGACGCUACGCAAAUCUUCUGAUGCGGAGGAUGAGAAGGUUAAGGCUAUGCUGACCAAGUUUGGCUCCCAGAACUAUGUGAGGGCUGUGUUGACGCUCGCUGGGGGUGUCGUUGGACUUUUGACGGCGCUGGGAUGA